AUUGGCAUAUGUAAAUGCAAAUUAAGGACAGUUUCUUUCAAAAAUGCUAAAAUGUGAAGUUUAUAGGCUAUUAAAAAACAACAUCAAAUGAAUCAAAGCCUAUAAAACAGCCUAAUUUGUGCUACGCUUAAGAACUAACCUUUAGAAAUACUGAGGCCGUUGACAAUAACGUAAUACUGUGACUUUGUGUUUGCAUGUUUGAUUUGCCGAUUUCGAAUUGUUUUUGUGCUUUAUUUUUGCAAAAAUAAACCGUAAAAGUGCUAAUAAACUUUCGGAAUAGUUAGCAUGCUCAAUUAAUCACAGCCAUACCGUAGUUGCUUUUGUAUAAUUUGAAGAAUAUGGAUCCAGGUCUUCCACCGCAAUCAUUCGUAGCCCCGCCGGGUAUAGGAACUCCCCCGUUACUACCACAAGUUCCGAUUCCUGCGCCUAUCGCAGGACUCUCACCGUUUUCUCCCAUGAUUCCAUCAUUUACUGUUCCGCCUCCUGGUUUUAACAACUUCGGACCACCUGGAGUUGUGCCUGCAAAUGUAGCGCCCAUCGUGCCAGGAAGCGAAUGGAGUGAACAUAAAGCUCCUGAUGGGAGAACCUACUACUAUAACUCUGUUACAAAACAGAGUUCAUGGCAGAAACCAGAUCAAUUAAAAACACCUGCUGAGUUACUGUUGUCUCAAUGUCCAUGGAAAGAAUAUACAGCAGAUAAUGGAAAGAUCUACUAUCAUAAUGUAAAUUCAAAGGAGUCACGCUGGACUGUACCUCCAGAAUUGGAAGAAAUUAAGAAGAAAAUUGCAGCUGAAGAUAUAAAACCUUCUUCUGGAACUGUCACACCAAGAGAGGUCAACAGUCCAGUGCCUGUUUCACAACCUGUUGUAUCAGCAGGUUCUACAGGACCAAAUUCACCAACUGCAAGCCCAGGUGGAAAAAGUGCCCUAGAAGCUGCCAUGGCUGCUACUUUGGCAGCUAUUUCUUUGCCUAAUCCACCUGCUAAAUCAGAUGAAGAUUCCAGUACUCCUCAAGCUGAAGUUUCAAAAGAGUCUCGUACAUCAACUCCUGAGCCGAAAGUAUUUACUAAUAAGAAAGAAGCAACUGAGGCAUUUAAGGAACUUUUGAAAGAGAAAAAUGUUCCUUCGAACGCCAGCUGGGAACAGUGUGUCAAGAUUAUAUCAUCAGAUCCUAGAUACGAGACCUUCAAGAAGUUAAAUGAGAAAAAACAGGUUUUCAAUGCUUAUAAAACACAAAAACAAAAAGACGAAAAGGAUGAACAAAGGUUAAAAUCUAAGAAAUAUAAAGAACAACUGGAGGAGUUCCUUCUUACAACUGACCUUAUAUCUUCAACCACAAAAUAUUACAGAUGCGAUGAACUAUUCAGUACAAAGGAGGUAUGGCAAAAUGUUAACGACCAAGACAGAAGAGAUAUCUAUGAUGAUGUCAUGUUUUCAUUAGCCAAACGUGAAAAAGAAGAUGCCAAGAAUCUGAAAAAGCGGAACAUGAAGAAACUCUCCGAAGUUUUGGAAUGUAUGACCAAAAUUAACUUUGAUACCACUUGGAGUGAGGCCCAGGUGUCUCUAUUGGAGAACAGCACUUUCAAAAACGACGUAAAUUUGCUCGCCAUGGACAAAGAAGAUGCCCUUAUAGUUUUUGAAGAACAUAUCAGGGUGUUAGAGAAAGAAUAUGCUGAAGAGCGAGAACGAGAAAAGAGGAGGAUGAAGAGACAGUGUAGGAAAAAUAGGGAUCAAUUUCUAUCUCUUUUGGAUCACUUACACGAAGAAGGGAAAUUAACUUCGAUGUCACUUUGGGUGGAGUUGUAUCCUAUUAUAUCAGCGGAUAUUCGGUUUUCUGCUAUGUUAGGCCAGAACGGUUCAACUCCUUUAGACCUCUUCAAAUUUUAUGUCGAAGAUCUGAAGGCUCGGUUCCAUGACGAAAAGAAAGUAAUCAAAGAUAUUCUCAGAGAAAAAGCCUUCGAAGUGCAAAUUGAUACCAGUUUCGAUCAAUUUGCUACUGUCAUCUGCGAAGACAAGAGGUCAGCUGCAUUAGAUGCUGGAAAUGUGAAACUGACAUACAAUUCCUUCCUAGAAAAGGCUGAAGUGAAAGAAAAAGAGAGACUGAAAGAGGAGAGUAAGCGGAUGAAGAAGUUGGAAACAAAUUUGAAGGAGCUCUUGAAAGAGAUGAAUAUCGAUUUCGAAUUGCCUUGGGAAGAGAUUAAGGUAAAAUUGGAAAAGGAGGAGGAAUAUUUAGCAUUUGAAUCUGACAGUGAAAGACAAAGAGUCUAUAGGGAAUUCCAACAUGAAAUGGAGGAAUCUUGCAGCCAUCACCAUUCCCGUUCCAAGAAGUCCAAGAAAAAGAAGAAGAAGGUGUACAAAUCGUCUUCGAGCGAUUCCGAUAGCGAUAAACAUAAAAAAUCCAAACACAAAUCGAAAAGUCCCACUCCUUAUUCCGAAGAUAGCGCAGACGAAUAUCGGAAGAAGAAAUCGAAGAAAAAGCAUAAGAGGAAAAUGUCUCCUAACACCCCGCCCGAAAAGUACGUCAGUCGAGGCGAGUCCGAAGGAAGGAGGGGCGAAAUGAGCGAGACGGAAUUAGAGAAACAGAGGGCGCUGCUGUUGGCCAAACUAAACGAGAGUGAUUGACCGAGGCGGAGUUGUUUGGUUUGGUACGUUGACUGCGUUACGGAAAUCGAGUUUUUUGACUUAACUACGUUACACAUCCCGAGGAAUAUGUCAUUAAUUAUUUAUUUGUAUUAAAUAUCCUUGGGAAUAAGUUAUAAUCAUUAUAGAAUUACGAUACAAGGCUCCGGGUAUAUGUAACGUUAAUUACUUAUGACCAAUCGAAGCUUUUAUUUCUCGAAGUUUAUUUGCAUUAAAUUCUUCUGGCAAAAGUUAUUUAAUGUGUUGUAUAUAUCCCCGGAGGUAAGUAUUGUCAAAAUAAAUGAUCUCUUUUUGAUAUAUCUCACAAGUUAUAAACAUAAACGUCCGAAAUAGUUUAUAAGAUUUAGUACCAACAUUUAAGUUUAAUACAUACCGCCGAGGACCUGUAACGCAGUCAAAGUAUCAAAGAAAGUUUUUAUCGCAUGACAGUGAUUUUACUUCUGUUUAAGUAUAUUAUGGACAACACCUUUAGGUAUUUUAAUUAUAAACUUACAUUGUACGCAAUAAAGUGUAAGAUUUUCUGAAUUUCCAAUUGUUUUCUAUAUUUUGUUUAAUUUUCUAACUGAGACGUCUGUAUACGAAUGUAUUUUUGAUUGAAUUCUAUCAAUUACAAUAGAAAAGUUGAUACAUAUAUCCCCGGAGGUAAGUAUUGUUAAAAAUCAAUGAUCUCUAUUUUUCAUACACUUUACAAGCUAUAUAAGCGUGUAAGUGUAAUUUUUUACCACAACAUGUAAGUGUGAUACAUACCGCUGAAGACCUGUAAUGCAGUCAAAGUGUCAGAGAACGUUUUUAUCGCAUGACAGUGAUUUUACUUUUGUUUAAGU